UCAUCGCUUGUUUAUCGGAGUUAAUGGUAUUAAACUUGAGAUAUAAAUGUGGCUUUGACGACGGAUUUUCAGAACACUUUUCUGGUACAUUUACGAGUCCAGCCAAAUCUAAAAUGCAGUUUGAAUUGUUAUUAUUGUUUAUAUUGGCUUUGUGUUGUGCUAGUGGAGAAGGAAAUGGAGAAAGCAAAAACAAUAACGAAGGACGAGACGACAACGGUGAUGGCGACAGCCAAAUCGUUGAUAGAAAUCACGACAUAGAGUGCGGUGAUAGAGACCGCGUAAAUGGCAAUCAAAGCAAUAGAAACUGUGACGUAUACUACCCGUGUGACUUCGAAGAUGACGUAGACUGCAUCCGUCAUUACUUCGCAAGCAGCGGGCAGUGCAAAGAAGUUGAUAAUGAUUAUCGAAAGCCAGUGUUUAGAGACCGUUUAGUCACAUAUCUGCCAGGCUUCAACCUUACGAUUAUCGUGGCGAAGACUCGACUGACUUAUGUUGGAGACAGGAUCAAUCGAUUUUAUGUAAAUAAGAAAACUGGGAACCUCAUUAUGACUGUGGACUUCGAAGGCAUCGUCAUCGAUUCCAGAUACACGACGUUCAUCUACCAGCGGCGGGGACAGGAGCCGAUCAAACGAGCUGAUUAUACUAACGGGACUUUCCCUGCAACAUUGACAGCUGUGAUUCCACUCAAAAAUGGUUUGGAUAUCAAAGAAUCCAGAGUUACAGCGUACAUACCGUCAGUUAUCCCACCCUUUUUUGGACCAAAGAUUUCUAACAGCACAGAGCCUAUCGUCGUACAAGUCAACACAGCGUUGUACGCCAAUCUACCUCAAGCAGUCCUGGAAUACUUCCUGAUUGAAGCUCCCAGUCUUUACUUUGGGUAUCUACAACACUACAUCUGUGACUUCGGUAUCCCUAUUUCUUCAUAAGUGAUUUUGUAAAAUAAAUUGCGAUCAAGUGAG